GAAGACAGAAGCUUUUACUUAUGGACGAACAUUUCAUUAAUUUUAACAUUAGUUUUUCUGUUUUAAGUAGAUCCUCACUUUCUUUAAGAGUAGUCAUUGGUUUUCUUGAUGGACACAUUUCUUGGAAAUGAAGACCUGUAGAGAGAGGUACACUGAAAGUGAAGUCUAAAGUCAGUUCAAGUUAUGCAAAUUUGCUUUGCCUUGAUAAUCAGUUUAUCUGGGAUCUGUGUAUGAUGACCAACCAAACGCACACAAGAAGUUUAUGGAAAAGUUAGAUGCUUGUAUCCGUAAUCAUGACAAGGAAAUUGAAAAAAUGUGUAAUUUCCAUCAUCAGGGGUUUGUAGAUGCUAUUACAGAACUUCUUAAAGUAAGGACUGAUGCAGAGAAACUGAAGGUGCAAGUUACUGAUACCAACCGAAGGUUUCAAGAUGCUGGAAAAGAGGUGAUAGCACAAACAGAAGAUAUUAUUCGAUGUCGAAUUCAGCAGAGAAAUAUUACAACUGUAGUAGAAAAAUUGCAGUUAUGCCUUCCUGUGCUGGAAAUGUACAGUAAGCUAAGAGAACAGAUGAGUGCAAAAAGGUAUUAUUCUGCCCUUAAAACUAUGGAACAAUUAGAGAACGUGUACUUUCCCCGGGUUAGUCAAUACCGCUUUUGUCAGCUAAUGAUAGAAAAUCUUCCUAAACUCCGUGAAGAUAUUAAAGAAAUCUCCAUGUCUGAUCUCAAGGACUUUUUGGAAAGCAUUCGCAAGCAUUCUGACAAGAUAGGUGAAACAGCAAUGAGACAGGCACAGCAGCAGAAAACUUUCAGUCUUACUCUACAGAAGCAAAAUAAUGUGAAAUUUGGGAAAAAUGUAUAUAUAAAUGAUGACAAAAUUCCAGAAGAAAGGAAUGAUGUACUGAAACAUGUACUGGAUGAAGAGGCUGAGAAUGAGGAGGAGGUCUUAACUGUUCAGGAUCUUGUUGAUUUUUCUCCUGUUUACCGAUGUUUACACAUUUAUUCUGCUUUGGGUGAUGAAGAAACAUUUGAAAAUUAUUACCGAAAACAAAGAAAGAAGCAAGCGAGAUUGGUAUUGCAACCUCAGUCAAGCAUGCAUGAAACAGUUGAUGGCUAUAGAAGAUAUUUCACUCAAAUUGUAGGGUUCUUUGUGGUGGAAGAUCACAUUCUACAUGUGACCCAGGGAUUGGUAACCAGGGCAUACACUGAUGAACUUUGGAACAUGGCGCUCUCAAAGAUAAUUGCUGUCCUUAGAGCUCAUUCAUCGUACUGCACUGAUCCUGAUCUUGUUUUGGAGCUGAAGAAUCUCAUUGUCAUUUUUGCAGACACCUUGCAGGGCUAUGGAUUUCCAGUGAACCGACUUUUUGACCUUUUAUUUGAAAUAAGGGAUCAGUAUAAUGAAACAUUGCUUAAGAAAUGGGCUGGUAUUUUCAGGGACAUUUUUGAAGAGGAUAAUUACAGCCCCAUCCCUAUUUCCAGUGAGGAAGAAUAUAAAACAGUCACCAGUAAAUUUCCAUUUCAAGAUUCAGACCUUGAAAAGCAAGCUUUCCCAAAGAAGUUCCCCAUGUCUCAGUCAGUGCCUCAUAUUUACAUUCAAGUUAAAGAAUUUAUUUAUGCCAGCCUUAAAUUUUCAGAGUCAUUACACCGAAGCUCAACAGAAAUAGAUGAUAUGCUUAGGAAAUCAACAAAUCUGCUGUUGACCAGAACUUUGAAUAGCUGUUUACUGAACCUUAUUAGGAAACCUCAUAUAGGUUUGACAGAGCUAGUGCAAAUCAUCAUAAACACAACACACCUGGAACAAGCUUGUAAAUACCUUGAGGAUUUUAUAACUAACAUUACAAAUAUGUCUCAAGAAACCGUUCAUACGACAAGACUUUAUGGGCUUUCUACAUUUAAGGAUGCUCGACAUGCAGCCGAAGGAGAAAUAUAUACCAAACUUAAUCAAAAAAUUGACGAAUUUGUUCAGCUGGCUGAUUAUGACUGGACGAUGGCUGAGCCAGAUGGACGAGCUAGUGGUUAUCUAAUGGAUCUUAUUAAUUUUUUGAGAAGCAUCUUUCAAGUGUUUACUCAUUUGCCUGGGAAAGUUGCCCAGACAGCCUGCAUGUCAGCUUGCCAGCAUCUGUCAACAUCUCUAAUGCAGAUGCUACUGGACAGUGAGUUAAAACAGAUAAGCAUGGGAGCUGUUCAGCAGUUUAACUUAGAUGUCAUACAGUGUGAAUUGUUUGCCAACUCUGAGCCUGUGCCAGGAUUCCAAGGGGAUACCCUGCAGCUAGCAUUCAUUGACCUCAGACAACUCCUCGACCUGUUUAUGGUGUGGGAUUGGUCUACUUACCUAGCUGAUUAUGGACAGCCAGCUUCUAAGUACCUUCGAGUGAAUCCAAACACAGCCCUUACUCUUUUGGAGAAGAUGAAAGAUACUAGCAAAAAGAACAACAUAUUUGCUCAGUUCAGGAAGAAUGACCGAGACAGACAGAAGUUGAUAGAGACAGUUGUGAAGCAGCUGAGAAGCUUGGUGAAUGGUAUGUCCCAGCACACAUAGGGUCAUCGCUUGCACUCCUGGACAUCAGACCCGUGACUGAGCACUAAUCUCCCAUCAAGCCCAGCUCAGGAUGCAGGGAUUUGUUUAUAGAAUUCAAAACUACAGUAGAAAAAAUACACUGAUGAGGGCUUAAGCAAGAAAUAGUAACAAAUAUUUGUAUGGAUUUUUAAAUAAUUGAAUACUAUUUUAUAUACAAAAUGUGACAUUAAUUUUUUUCACUUUCUGGGGAAGGCAAAACUGUAACAUAUAAAUCAAAUAAAAAUUGUAUAUGAAACUGAUUGUAAAUACAUUAGAAAAACUCAUGUGUCUACUUAUAAGUAUUUUUUUCUAUUUAAACUUGAAUGAGCAGUUUUUGCUUCCGUGUACAGUUUUGGAAUGCAGUCAUGUCUGGUAUGGGAGUAUUUCACAGUUCAUUUUUGGAUGUUUAGCCUUUAUUUUCACCUCAGUGUGAUUUUAAGUCAUCUAAAUUUUUAGUUCUGUUGAUUCUGAGGGUAAAUACACAAAUCUUCAAAGCUCCUGAAAUCAAAUGUAACUUGGUGAGAGUUUGUGCUAUAUGGGUGGUUCCAUUUAAUUUAAUUGUUCUGAAUAUGACAAAAAGGUUUGGCAUUUUAUCAACAUGUAGUGUUGCUUGUGUUCAUUGAAGUUAUUAAUAUUCCUGCCUGUAUUUCUUGUAGCUAACCCCAUUGUUGAUUUUAGAGGAUUAAUGUAAUGAGAGGGCGGUUGAAGGGACUACGGGCUUCAGGUGUUCUGUAUAAUGAGGUCAUCACAAGCUUCCUGUGCUCUGCUCUCACUCUGGAAACCAAAUCAGCUGACCUGUGAGACUCUACAGCAAAUGUGCAUUUCCUUUAGCAAUGUAAAUCCCACCCUUAUAUAUAGUGUUUAUGCUGAAAUGCUCUCUUCACAUUCUCUAUCUCUGUAGGUCUAUCUGUACCUGAUUGUAAAAUAAGUGUAAAGAACUGUGUUUACAUCUCUUGAUUUGUGUGAUGAAACAUUAAAAGGUUGAGCGAGUUGUUGAGAA